UGCGUGGGUGUCUGGUUAGAGCUUUGAAAUCGUAUCAACGAAGAUCUUCGUGGCUUAAAAAUGUUAAAAUUAAUAUUUCUUUGGAUAGUUGUUGUGUUCAAUUUACAAGUUUGUAAAGGAAGUCGCUGCCCAUCUGACUGGAUAGAACUAGAGUCAUCUUGCUACUAUUUCAGUGCAAAUGUAACAAACUGGCUUGAAGCUAGAAGAAUUUGUCAACUGAAAGGUGGAGAUCUCGCUGUUCCAAAAAGUGAUGCUGAAAAUACAGCCAUUUUCGAUGUUGUACAAAGAAAAUGGAUAUAUAGGCCUUAUAUUGGUUUAUUUCGCAAUGAAAGGGAUAAAGAAUUUUACACAGUCCAAAACGUCAAACCUAAUUUCACAAAUUGGCAUCCUGACAACCUGAUAACAGCGUGGUGUAGAGGAUUGUGUGCAUUAUUGGUACAUGAGUACAAGCGAGUGGAAUGACAUUUCAUGCGGUAAUUUCUACCAAUUUAUUUGUCAAGGUGAACAAAGAAAGAUCAAAUACGAACCUGUCAACAUAGAAAUGACUCUUGAAAGGGUAGAUGAUAAAGCAAAAUUGAGCUGCACUGCUGAAGGAAAUCCACAACCAAAGUUUGAAAUAUUUCUUAAUGGUUCAAUAAAAGUUGCUAAUGGAUCAACACAUGUCAUUGAUAAAGUCAAUUCAAACAAUGUUGGUUUGUACAGUUGCCAGGCAACGAAUAUUUAUGGUAGCAUGACAUCAUCAAAAAUACGUCUUACAGUUGAUGGCGAAAAAGAGAGAAUUACGAAAGCCAAAACGGAAUGGUACAGCAUCGUUGUAACUUUGAUAUCUGGAAUAAUCAUUGGAGCUCUGGUCUCAUUUUUUAUAUUUUUACGAUAUCGUCAACGUUUGUUAAGUAGAAGUCACAAAAAGUCUCAGUCACCGUCUGAAGAGAGAUGAAUUCUGCUGAUAAAUCUUAUCAUGGAUUGGAUUUAUCAUCAAUGAAUAAAGAAGAUGAUUAUGAAUCAUUGAGGCCAAAGGAUGACACAAUUGACAUAACGUAUCAAGGACUGGACAUUUCAAAAAUGAACAAAGAGGAUGAUUAUGAAUCGUUGAAAAAGAAUGACGAAUCUGAACACGAUGACGACAAAGAAAGAGGAGACUAUGUCAACACUCAGCAGUAAUUUGUUCUCGAUAAGAAUUCGGUCGAGUGUUGACAUAGCCGAUAAGAAUUUUAAAACGAGUUUGUAAAAAACAAUACAAUUUUAGUCUAAAUAUUAAGCAACAUUGGCCAUUUUACAACGCAAAUUUCUUCAAACUAAAAAUAAAAAAUAAAUAUGUUACUUACAUUUUAGGUCGGUUCGUACUCGGCCUCGUGAAAAUAUAUUUUUCCGUAAGGACCACCCAGGCUGUAAAUAACAUAUAUAUUUUAUAUUGUUUUAAAAAUAAUAAUCAUAAGCAACUUCUUAGAAGCACUUUUAAUUAAAUAAAUACGCCUAAACUCAACAGAAGUCGUGGAUCUUAUCGUAAUAAAUUAUCAGUUUUCUAAAUAUAAAUCAUCCGUAAGUGUUAAGAUUUACUGCUUCUUUAAAUAAGUAACUAUUACUUUCCGCUUCCGUUGUAAGUACUGUUUGUGUUUAUUUAAAAUAACAUUCUUGUUAAAUAAAUUAGUCAUCGCUGACCAUAUACCAAAUAUGGUAAUAUGAACAAAAACGCUCAUUGUACGUAUAUAUAUUAUAUAUAUUUAUAUCGUAGAGCUAAUGUGUAGAGCUAUCUUGUAAAACUCGUGUUUCUUUGUUAAGCAAAAUAAAUCGUUCUGAAGUAUUCUCAAUA